AUGGGACAUCACUCUUGCUGCAACAAGCAGAAGGUCAAAAGAGGACUAUGGUCACCUGAAGAAGAUGAAAAGCUCAUCAACUACAUCACAACUUAUGGACAUGGUUGUUGGAGUUCUGUCCCUAAGCUUGCAGGCCUGCAGAGAUGUGGAAAGAGUUGUAGAUUAAGAUGGAUAAAUUAUCUAAGACCUGAUUUAAAACGUGGAAGUUUCUCUCCUCAAGAAGCAGCCCUGAUUAUCGAACUUCAUAGCAUUUUAGGCAACAGGUGGGCGCAGAUAGCUAAGCACCUACCUGGAAGAACAGAUAAUGAGGUGAAAAACUUUUGGAAUUCAAGCAUAAAGAAGAAACUCCUCUCUCAUGAUGCUGUUCCUCCUUUAGCCACAUUUUCUGAUAUUCACAGCCCCUACAAUAUUGCUUCUAUGGAAAGUUUCUUCCCUUUAACUGCAAACCCUAAUAUGAUCCUAAACUUUCAUCAUCACCCUGCAGACCAACUCUAUCUUCCCUCCCCAUCUCCAAUCCUACAAGGUUUUGAUCACAAUAAUGAUAUUAAGUUAGACAUUAACAAUUAUAAUGCCAAUUUCCUUCACAUUCAGAAUCCAAUACCAGAAACAUUACCACCACUUUCCAAUCCUUCCUCUUAUGAUGAUACAUGGUCAUUGGGUUGUGUAGCUCUACAUCUUAAUCCAAAUCAAGAAAAUCAAAUUUCUAAAAGUGAUAGCACCCCACAUUAUGUUGUUGACAAAUUCAUCAACCCAACUGCAUUGCAGCAAUAUGAAUGUCACUUAGUAGAAACCAUUGCGCCAAAAGUGAGUGAGAGCAUUGAGGAUUAUGUUUGUAGCAUCCCAUACUCAUCUACCUCCCAGGAUCAACAUGAGGCUUCAGCAAAAUUUCAAAGUAAUCAACAAGAUCUAACUGUGGUAGCAAAUCAAUUGGAGUACAUCGAUGCCCUCAUGUCAUCGUUGCCAUCUUCAACAACCUCGUCAUCAGUAUCAAGCAGUCAAAUAGUGACAAACCCUAUUAUUCCUUCAGGAUGGGAGACUUGA